AUGAAGCGUUUCUGUUCCAGCUCCGUCUCUGAAGACCUGGGUUGCAGACGCGGAGAGUUUAGCAGAAAGCAUUAUGGAUCUGUGGAACUGCUUAUAUCUAGUGAUGCUGAUGGAGCCAUUCAAAGAGCUGGACGAUUCCGUGUGGAAAAUGGCACCUCUGAUGAGAAUGCAGACUACGCUCCAGGUACAUGGCACAGAACGGAUGUGCAUCUGGAAAACCCGGAGUAUCAUACAAGAUGGUAUUUCAAAUAUUUUCUAGGAAAAGUUCAUCAAAAUUAUGUAGGUACAGAUGUAGAGAAAAACCCUUUCUUUCUAUCUGUUGUACUCUCUGACCAAAAUAACCAGCGUGUUCCUCAAUAUCGUUCAAUUCUUUGGAGAAAAACAGGUACUCAGAAAAUAUGCCUUCCUUAUUGUCCCACAAAAACGUUGUCAGUGAAAUCUAUAUUAAGUGCUAUGAGUCUUGACAAGUUUGAGAAGAGCCCAAGGGAAAUUCUUCAUCCUGAGAUACAAAAGGAUUUAUUGGUUCUUGAAGAGCAAGAGGGAUCUGUAAAUUUUAAAUUUGGAGUCCUUUAUGCUAAGGAUGGGCAGCUUACAGAUGAUGAAAUGUUCAGCAAUGAAACUGGAAGUGAAAGCUUUCAAAGAUUUUUGGGUCUCAUGGGCGACAAAAUUGCUUUGAAAGGCUGGACAGGCUACAGAGGAGGACUGGACACCAAAAGUAAGAAUUCAGGAUCCUUUUCCAUCUAUACAGUUUAUCAAGGGCAUGAAAUUAUGUUCCAUGUUUCAACCAUGCUACCAUACUCUAGAGAGAACAAGCAGCAGGUAGAAAGGAAGAGACAUAUUGGAAAUGACAUUGUCACUAUCGUGUUUCAGGAAGGAGAAGAGUCUUCUCCAGCCUUCAAGCCAUCCAUGAUUCGCUCUCAUUUUACACAUAUUUUUGCCUUGGUGAGAUAUAAUAAGCAGAAUGAUAGUUACAGGCUUAAAAUAUUUUCAGAAGAAAGUGUUCCUCUCUUUGGGCCUCCUCUUCCAUCCCCGCCUGUGUUUACAAAUCACCAGGAAUUCAGGGAUUUUGUGUUAGUGAAAUUAAUAAAUGGGGAAAAAGCCACCUUGGAAACCCCAACAUUUGCUCAAAAACGUCAGCGCACUCUGGACAUGCUGAUUCGCUCUUUAUACCAGGACCUGAUGCCAGAUCUACAUAAGAACAUGCUCAAUAGGAGGUCCUUUAGUGAUGUGUUACCAGAGUCCCCAAAAUCAACACGGAAAAAAGAGGAAGCUCGGCAAGCAGAAUUUGUCCGUCUUGGUCAGGCUUUGAAAUUGAAAACCACUGUGAAAGGGGAUGCCCCUACUAACUUGGCAACCACAAGCCUUUGUAAAAAGGAGCCAUGGGAGUCCCAGUCUUUCUGCAGCAAUUUUCCUCAUGAGGUUAUCUGUGCGGAUUCUUGGGGCCAAUCCUUGCUAGUUUCUACAGAUGCUGGCAUCUUGUUAAUAGAUGAUGAUCAACCUUCGGUACAAGUAUUUGAUAAAACUCUACAAAUAAAGCAGAUGGAUGUGCUGGAAGCUCUGGAUCUUUUAAUUGCCAGAACAGACAAAGGGAAGGACUCUCGUCUCCUUGUCUUCAGACUGAGUGCUGUCCAAAAAGAUAUAGAAACAAAGCAGAUGAUAAGGAGCAAAUAUGACUGCAGAGAAAAUAAACUGGAGAGAACAAAAGGCUGCCAUUUGUAUGCCAUUAAUACUCACCAUGGCAGUGACCUGAGGAUUGUUGUGGCUAUUCGGAACAAACUACUACUCAUCACAAAGAAAUACAAUCCAUGCAACAGUUUAACCAGCAGCUCUCUGCUGUCAUCAUCUGAAUCUCCAGUAGAGGAAUUCCAGUACAUCCGGGAAAUAUGCCUUUCUGACCCUCCAGUGGUUAUGACACUGGUGGAUGGACCUACUGGAGACAGUGACAAUAUGAUCUGUGUAGCAUAUCGGCAUCAAUUUGAUUUAGUUAAUGAAAGUACUGGGGAGUCCUAUAGGUUGCAUCAUGUUGAAGCAAACAAGGUUAAUUUUGUUGCAGCUAUUGAUGUAUAUGAAGAUGGUGAAGCUGGGCUACUAUUAUGUUACAACUAUGUUUGUCAGUAUAGAAAGGUGUAUCCCCUUAAUGGAGGUUCUCCACUGAUCCAGCCAUCAGCUUCCGACUUCCACUUUAGCUGGAAUCAAGUUCCUUAUGCUGUUGUUUGUGCUUUCCCUUAUAUUCUUGCCUUCACUACUGAUUCCAUCGAGAUCCGGUUAGUGGUGAACGGGAACUUAGUCCACACAGCAGUUGUGCCUGAACUUCAACUUGUAGCAUCAAGGUCAGAUAUUUAUUUUAAAGCUACUGCUACAGUAAGUGGAUCAUCUAAUAGCAGUUCCAAGGAAAUGAGUUCCAGAAGUUCUCCUCAAACACCGAUAGUGUAUGAAAUGCCAGAAUGUCCUCUUUCUUCUUUAGAAGGUGAUGUUCCAUGCAAAAACCUGUACAAAAUUCCUCUCAGUAAUCUGGUUGGGCGGAGCAUUGAACGACCUCUGAAGUCACCUUUGGUUCCCAAGGUCAUCACUACUCCGAUAUCCAGUGGCUUUGCUUCUAUUCCUGUUACUCACUCACUAUCAUUAUCUCGUAUGGAAAUUAAAGAAAUCGCAAGCAGAACACGUAAAGAAUUGUUGGGCCUCUUGGAUGAGCCAAUUCCCAAGACAGAAGGCCCACAGAAGCAAAAAAAGGUUCCUCGAAGACAGUCAGACCCCAAGCAGGGAGCAGUAAGAUCAACUAGUAGUGACAGGAUAAUCUCAAGCUCUUCUGAAAGCAAUGCUGAAAAGCGUCAUCUUUCCACUAGUUCAGAUCCUGAUACUGUAGCAAACAGAGAGGAGAGUCCACCGUCUAGCUGUGCUUUUCAGCUGACUUCUUUUUAUGAUGAAGACAUCAUUGACUUGAAGUGAUAAUAGUCUUAAAACCUUUCUUCUUUCCUUUACCUUUUCUUAUAAUGCUGUGAGCUGUAUAGGAAUGUCACAAACACUGCUUCUAUUGAUAAAAUGUGGCUGGAGGUAUUGGUGAUUAAUCUUUAUAGAACUCAUGUUGUUCCGGCUAGCUCAGCCUAACUUGGUGAUGCUUACAUCCUUGACAUAUAGAUGGUUUUUUUUCUUGGUUAAUGAACCAUUACUCUUUGUGGCAUUCAAAAGGUAGGUAAUCAAUGAGAGCACUAGCCCGAAACUGAGUGAAAUAAGAAGUAAUACUUCUGAACUUCUUAUAUUUGAAAUAUCUGAAUGAAAUUAACAUUUAGCUAAGUUAAUUGCUGUUGCUAGUAUUAUGAGUUGUUUUACAACAGUGUGCCAUGUAGGAAGAAGAAGUGGGUAAUGCAAAUCGUUCCUUUUGUUUUUUUAACCUUAAAAAAAAAAAGGCAUAGGCAAGGACUUUCCAAACAGUGCAGUUUGUCUUUGAAAUGAUGCAGCUGUGUUAUGUUCACUGAAGAAUCAAGGAUGUUCUAUAAAGAUCAGGUAAGAUAUGAACAUGCUGCUUUCUUUGCACUGACCUAUCCGUGCACAUUUUUUAAAAGAAACUUGAAAACUGUUUUGGCAUUAAGAAUCCUUGAGCAGGGAGACUCUUUAUAUAAAAUAGAAACUUUCAAAAUAUUCCUUAAAAAUUGAACGUCAAAGAAAUAUUUUGCUUCUCCAUCCGCUGGAAUACUGUUCCUGUAGUGCACCUACAGAUUUUCCAUUACAGGCAGAAGCCAACACUUGAUUUCCUUUUUGACUACACAAGGAUUCCUAUGCAGGCAUCAGAAUUAGCUGUUGUCUGUUCUUGCAUUAACAGUGUAAGUCUUUGCUCCAGCUAAUUGUAUUUUUCUAAGCAGAUCCAGACUGAAGUUUCACUGCUAAGCAGCUAGUUUUCUAUGAUGAAAUGGUCAUAUAAGAUCAUUUGUUAUGUUAAAGGACAGAAUUUCAUCUUUAAGGAGUGAUUUCUUUUUUUUUUAACCCUUUCCUCUAUGCCAAAAAUCAAUUUUAAACAGUAUUUGAAAGGGUUAACGUUUUCCAUGAAAAUGUGAUGCUUCCAGGCUUUUUAUAUAUGAAGAUUUUAGCUUUAGUAGCAAGUAUUUCUUGCUCUAUACUUAGAAAUACUUCUGCUGUCUGGACUUAUUUUGUAGUAUCAUUCCUGUAUGAUUAUUUUCUUUUCUGUCCAAGCAUGACUAUCUGGAGAGUUGUGCCUUUUUUUUUUUUUUUUUUUAACUUCAGUCUGUCUGAAUGUAAAACUGUUUUUUCAAAGUAUUAUUAUAUGUAAUGGUUUAAUUGCUCCACCUAAGAAAAUAUGCAAGGCCUUAAUUGAAAGGAUCAGUUCUUAUUCUCAACUGUAAUGGCUGAUCAAGGGAAGAAGCAAUAUUUUCAAACAAUAAUUAAUCCAGGAGCAGAAGCAGUGUUAACCAAUGGCUGCUAUAGUUUCAGGAUUUUUUUUUUUUUUUGCACCCAUAGGUGUUUGGGCUGUACCUUAAUAAACAUCUGAAAGGAAAUACUAGCUUGAAGUCUUUGCAAGAGGUUGUAACUUUUUUUUUUUUUUUGCAAAUGUUAUUUCUAUAUAUUGUAUUCAUCUAUCCUGUCCUAUUUAUCUGGUCAGCUAAGGCUGGAAAAAAAAAUCAAUCUGAAAGUAUCACAUGUGAUGCUUAGUUUUGCUGGAAGUUGUAAAAACAUCUGUGAACUCAUUGAAUCUACUUUAGGGAGCACUACUCACACUAGAAUAGGUUUAGAAAGCAGAAGCAUCACCUUCUCUUUUCCAUAAACUGAAUUCUCAGUAUAGUAUUUCACUUCUGUUGUGUGUUUUUGAAGACCGUACCAGUGUGUUGCAAAACUCAGGCUUUAGUUCAGAUAAAAUUUUAACUGGAAAUUUGCUUUGCAUUGUCAGAAUAUUACAUAUAUUGUGGUUGUUUACUCCUGCUAUUCUGGCAUGACUAAUAGCUUAGUAGCAGCUGAAGCAACAUAGAGCGUUUAAAACUUGUUUUUGAAGAACUUGAGGCGAUACAUAUUUAGGUAUGCAGAAAGGCCUUGGAGAUGGAGCACUAGACAUAUCAAGAAGAGUGGAGAAAGCUUGACAAGAUCACCCCCCCACCCCCC